GGGACGGGUAAGCGAAAGAGUAUAAAGUGACAGGUCUUGACCGCAGGAGAUUUCUUUCUGCUGGGAGGAUAUCAUCGUCAUCCUCCCCACUCUAUUCUUUUCGUUUCAACCUCAAUUGAAUCACCGACGGUCAGCCAUGGCUUGGUCGAUGUCGACUCUAGUCCGGCUUGUUGCCCUGGCUGCUGGGGGUGUUAUGGGAGCGCAGUUGACGGCUGUGACUUAUCCUAAUAAUGCUACUAGUAAGCCGCAGAUGCACGUCUACGUCCCUGACAAGCCCUGGUCCGGUCAGGGAAAAGGACCGCUGGUUGUCGCGAUCCACUCCUGCCAGAGCUCCGGGCCGAGUUAUUUUAAUAAUGCAAAGAUCCCUUGGAGGCAAGGGAGUGACAGGAAGGGGUAUGUCACUGUCUGGCCUAGCAGUCCCAACAAUGGGGGUUGCUGGGAUGUGAGCUCGAAGAGAUCCUUGGUCAGGAACGGAGGUGGUGACAGCCACGCGAUUGCAAACAUGAUCCUCUACGCCAUCGAAAAGUACAACAUUGACAAGGAAAAAGUUUUUGUCACGGGGGGUUCGUCGGGGGGGAUGAUGAGCAAUGUCAUGGCGGCUGCGUAUCCUGAUUUGAUCAGGGCUGUUUCGCUUUAUAGCGGGGUGCCGGCGGGUUGUUUUGUUAGUAGUGGAGGGGGAGUGGCGCAGUGGAAUAAUAGUUGUAGUGGGGGGCAGAGUAGAGCUUCUGUUGAGCAGUGGGGGAACGUGGUGAGAGCAAUGUACCCAGGGUAUACCGGUCCUAGACCCAGGAUGCAGGUCUGGCAUGGCAGUGCUGAUGGGACUCUGAGCCCGAACAACUACCAGGAGACGAUCAAGCAGUGGACGAAUGUGUUUGGGUUGAGCCAGACGCCGACGAGCACGGUGCAGAAUUUCCCGGAGAGGAACUACAGGACAGAGAACUAUGGGACGGAGGGGAUGUUGCAGGGGAUUUGGGCGCAAGGGGUGGGGCAUAGUGUUCCGAGUAAUUUGACGGCUAGUGAGCAGUGGUUUGGGAUUUAGGGGGGUGAUGUGAGGUGUUGGUGAGGUGGAUGGAGAUGUUGGUCGUGGAAGAGGCGAUGGGUGGUUGGAGAGUAUGAAGCAGUGUUUGGUGAUGUGUUGGUUGUUUGGGAAAAGAGCUGUUGCUGGUCGGUAGGGUAGGCAGCUCGAUGAA